AUUAAAUGUUAUAUCCUCAUACGAUAUUUCCUGCUACUUCAUUGUUCAAUGUAUAUCGACUUCUACGUAUGAAUUUACAUGGAAUUUUAUGGCUUCGAUUUCGGAACCGACGAACGGUUCUUUCGUUGUGUCUGUUUAUUUUUCAAUAUCUCCCAGUACCCUUCUUCCUCCCGUAAAUACACAAUCAAUACUGUUUGAUGUUCCUGUUAGACGCUGUGUAAAAUCUCUCGAAAGUUCAUGCUUUCCAAUACGUUCAUUGGAUGUUUCACAAAAAGAUGAUCACCUUCCCAAUGAUUAAUUUGCUUAUUAGCGAAAUCGCUGAUACUCGACGAUCUGACGUAUCAUUUUAGCCUAUCAGAGUAACCGGCUUGUGUAUGCAAAUGAAACCGGAUAUGCCCGUUUCUAUUUGGGAGAGUUAAUCGUCCCUCAAACGAUAGAGAUUCGCGGUACACCUUAUAAAUGUGAUUAUCAGGUUCAUUAAACAACCACAAGCGUUGUCAUGGCGUUAGAAAGUUUCCCGCGAAAAAUAAUGGCGGUUUUGAUGGCAAAGCCUUAGAAAUUCUUGAAAUUUAUCUCUGCAGAGGUUUGAAUGCGUAUUUAAUAUUCGUCAGUAUUGUACAUACACCGAUAAUGAUAAUGACACUGGAUAAAGUAGCUGUUUGAAGUUUCUGCUUAUUGUUUCCAUAGCAAAUGAUAGACCCAGUCGAGAGAGUAACGAGACCUUAUGCAAUCGCGUGUAAAGAACAUUCCAACGAUCUAUCCUGUGCCGUGACGCGCGAUGAAAGUCCACCUUUACCAAAGCGAGGGAUACCAAGGUUCCGCGAAUUGGGGACGCACUCAUUUUGAAUCGUUAUAAAAUCCAUAUACGAGGAAUACCGUUACGGGGAUCGUACAAGAGAUCUUUUUGAACACGUGAGAUGGCUAACGACGAGAAAAAAGGUAAAUCAAGAAAAAAGUUCGACUUGGGAAAAUUGUUGGCGUCAAAUCGCGCCAGGCAACCGGAAGACACGUCGUUGAGGUCGAGCAUAACAGGAGAUACGAAUUCAUCGGAGUCCGUCAGUUCGUCGGAGACUAGCGAUCGCCUCAAAAUGAAUCGACCAAAGUUACCGAAUAUUCGAAAUCAUUUGAAGCGAUUGAUGAGCCGUUUUACUGGAAAUUCAAAAACUGUCAUAAAGUCAUCAUCGCCCAGGUCGAUGGAAUCCGGAAGAGUCGUCGCGUCCGGAAGUCCCAGUGAGCACGACGCGCACCAAGAGUAUCCCGGGGUCAUAGCGAACCCCACGGAAAUAGAGAAUGGCCAAGAAAGUAGCCAGAGUAUACUUAUCGAUCGUCCAUCAUCUCCCGCAGCAUCAACGUCCGUUGCGUCCAGAGCAUCCACAAACGAGUCCGUAACAGAUAAUGGAUUGACAAUGCCGAUCACGAUAACUCCGCCUACCACACCGGCAUCUCGGACGCUAAUGAGUCCUGUGAACAUCCUCGAGGAGAUUCCCAGCCUGAGGGAGGGUGCGAUAAUUUCCAGUGAUCCCGUGGGAUUAGCCGCCGUUCUCAGCGCUGGCCUGGACCCCGAUCAGAGCGGUUCUGUGGAAACAAGAGUCACGAGAAGGGAACACGAGUCACGUGGUACGCCCUUGUAUAUACGAAAUCCUGGCUUGCUGGAACCCUACGCACAGACUGUAGUGCUGACAGAUGGAAACAAUUUCACUGCUACCGGGAGCGGGAGCAGGAGCGUGUCCGAGGUCGGGGAAACGGAAGGUCCCUCGGGAGGUCCUGUCGAGGAAAGGGCUUUCUACGAAUCCACCCUUAGGAGCAUGGCCCUUCGGAAACCGCUACGUCACCUUGACGACGAACCCCCCAUCUAUUGAGGCUCGACGCAACUCGGGGAAGGACAGUGACUCGGUUAACGAGCACGUGGCAAUUUCGUGGAGAAGUUAUCCUUCACUUUGGGCGCUGUUUACUACCCCGUGCAUUUUAUCGGGCACUUGAGACCUUUUUUCUUUGUAUUACUUUACAUUACGCGAAUAAGUCGAUUUUUUGGGGUUCUUCGUAGGGGGUGGUAUGUGCAUAUACAGUAUUGCUGAAACAGUAUUUUGGCACUGAGUCCUGCCUCGUGCGAGGUACUCGUAAGGAUUUUAAAUUUCGCGGGCAAUAUGCUCUGGCGGGAAUAUUUGAAAAUUUAUAUGGACGACUCCACGGAUAUAAAGAAUUGUACGCCUAGCUGCUCCCUCGAAACUUAUUGAUUUAUCGCGUUUGCCCAGAGUUCCUAGGUAUGCAACGUGAUACCGUAUAUCGUACGUGUUACGAGCGAUGGUCAAUUGUAAGAAACUGUACGGUUGAUUAUCGCCGGGGAAUAUUUUGUAAUUAGACUUCGAGGCAGAACGCAAUUCCGCUGUGUGUUCAAUGCACGUCUAUCAGUCUUGAUUUAAAUCGCGGAGUGUAAUUAGAGUGGAUGGUAUCGUCGAAUAGAAAUUGUUUAGACCAGGAAUUAACCGAGGAACUAGUAUCGAAGAUACAAGAUAAUCUGGUAUAUCAAUUAAAGAAUUGUCUGAUGGUAUUGUAGGUAGACGGCUGUUGAUUCUCUUUUUUUAAAUCUUUUAUUAUGUCUCAGACGUCUGAAAGAAAACCUCGUGAAAGUAUCGUUGUUAUGUAAAAUUAACGUGGACGCACGUUCACCCGUCUGGCAAUAAACUUGAUAAGAAUCGUCGACGGGGAAUUUCUACGUAGACGAAUAACACCGUGACUCGAUUGGUCAAUCACGCAGAGACUCACGGAUCGGGAUCGAUGGAAAGUGAAUGCCUGUCCCCUCGGUGCUCCAGAUGUUCUAAGCUGUCAUCGUGGAGACUUCUUUUUGUCGUAGUCCCGUGGAACGGUAUUGUCAUUUUAUAGAUGGGAAGCGCAGAAUGAAUAAAAUUUUUUGAUUUUUUUUUUCACAACGAUCGAACCUUCCUACGUUUCUGGGUUAGAAUUCGUCUUUGGUGGUAUUUGUGGUAAAAAUUUUUUUUUUUAAUUUAGAUGGCACCCUAGUUGCGUUUUCUGUCUGUUGGCUUGUCGCGUAAUUGAGGAGAACCGCCAUUGGGAGUUUUUCGCGAAAUCGUCGUCACGCACGUAAACACGCGACGGUGCGUAGAAUUGCGACAGGUGGGGGCGGUGCCGCGCAUCGCGUACGUGCAAUAACUGCAGCUCGGGC